AGGUUGAUCAUUGCUUUCUCAACCCUGGCUUCCAGCCUCACGCUUGCCGCCAUAGCGAUCGACCGCUUCAGAAAGGUGUGUAAGCCCACCAAGGCCCAGGUGUCCCUUCACGUGGCGAAACUCUCGCUCAUGCCCAUACUUGCUGGAGCUCUUCUGUUCUCCUGGCCGUCCCCGGUCUUAUACGGGAUAAGCACGGUUGAUUCGGGGAUUCCCGGAUUUCCCGGAAAAGACUGCACGUUCUCGGACGAGUUCAAGGACACGAAGCUACCGGCUAUUUAUAACUCCGCCCUAUUCUUUGGGUUCGGACUUCAAGUCUUCGUUAUGGUUUUACUGUAUUCGCUUAUUCUGCGCGAUCUGAAGCGUCACAGUCGAUUCUUGGAACGCUGGAAGAAGAACGAAAUCCCCAUUAGCGGCACUGCCACUAGAAAUUCGAGGAAAGGUCAAGGUCUUUGGAUGACCGGGUCAAAAAGAGGAGCGACUAAUCUCAAAGUUGAAAAAGAUAACGAGGCUUCGAUUAAAAAGAUCGAUCACGACAUCAGCUUUUGUCAGCACACGAUCACUGCAGAAAAGCGUGAUGCGAUCGAUAGAUCAGAAAAGGCGACAUCGAAAACGGAAACAAGAACUGAGGAUAUCUUAAGUUCGUUUCCAAACAUUGAUCCUGACGAGGCUCUCGAUGUUUCAAACGACCAUUUAACUGCAGGCACUUUCAACAACAAUAACGGUGGGUUGCCUUGUUCGCUGUCCACAGACCUAGAAGACACUGGGGGCUUUUUCAACAACAAUAACGGCGGGUUGCCUUGUUCGCUGCUCACACACCUAGAAGACACUGGGGGCUUUUCGAGGUUGAGUUGUCAAGACGCUGGUGCUGGUGCUCAAUGCGAAGACUUCAGCCAGCGAUCGUCCUCAGAAAUUUCCCGUUUCGGCUCCUGCGACAUGGCGGUCCUACAGGUCGCGUCGACGCCACCGGACGCCGACGCCUCGGUGCCCAGACUCUUCACGGACGACUCAGCUCUGCAAACCGCAGCACGUUUAACGCUAGGCACAACUUCCGACUUACAAAAACCCGCUCGUAUCCCCACACCUGAACCGGACGGCGAGAAGACGCGGGGGUCGGAGAAAGUUUCAAAAGCGACCUCCGCCAACACAAGUCCGAGGAACAUAGCCUCCAAGACGACCCUGAUAGCGUUCUGGAUAACUCUGGUGUUCAUUCUGAGUUACCUGCCGCACCUCUCCUUGCAAGUCGCCAAGCUCGUCCACACCAUCGACGACGGGAAAGGCUCGCUCCUGGUCUUCAACAACAUCAUCGUGCGGUCGUUUUUCAUCAACUCGGUCGCCAACCCCUUUAUCUAUGGCGUCCUAAAUGUUAAAUUUAGAAAUGAGGUUAAAAUUAUUUUGAAAAGAUUGGCUUGCCGAGAUUAA